CAAAAGGCAGAAGCAAAGAGUAGUAAAUCAACAUUCCUGGAAGAUCAGCAUGUCUUCUCUAAUUUCCAGUUAGAAUAUAACUGUUUCCAUCUUUCGUGUACCUUAUUCCAGCUGAUAUCUCCACCCACUUCUAGCUUCCCACAUAUUAACAAAAGUACGUUGAAAGCAGAGAAAAGACUCAAAUGUUCAAUCCCAGCCACUCGGUGAAGAUAUGGCUUGAUGAUAUCAGGGACUUAGCUUAUGAUAUGGAAGACGUCUUGGAUGAAUUUGUGACAGAUGCCCGAAGGAGCAACUUAACUGCAAAACCUCACCAUGCCAGCACCAGCAAACUCAUCCCCUCAUGUUUCAACUGUUUCAAACAAAGUGAUUUUGUCUCUAAUUCCCAAGCUAUUUCUAAAGUGGAUGAUAUCACUCACAAUUUGCAACGCAUAAUAGAUGAAUCAAAGACACUCGGCCUAAUGAGUUGGACAACUCAAGCUAGAGAUGGACUUAACAAAGCAUCCACAAGAAGGUUGCCCACUACUUCUCUGCCUGAACCUUAUGUUUAUGGUCGAGAAAGUGAUAAAGCAACAAUUCUUCAAAAGUUGCUCAAUGAUGAAGGCAGUAGUUCUAAAGGAUUUUCUGUUUUUCCAAUCUAUGGGACGGGAGGUGUUGGGAAGACCACUCUAGCUCAACUUGUUUACAAUGAGGUGAAGCUAGAAAGCUUUGAGCUUAAGGCUUGGGUUUGUGUUUGUGUUUCUGAUCAAAUUGAUAUCCCAAGCAUAACAGGAACUAUUCUAGAGGUAGUUGGGGAAAAGUUUGAUUCAAAUGAUUUGAAUUUGCUUCAACGAAAAUUGAGUGAGGUGUUAUUUAAUAAGAAGUUUCUACUUGUAUUGGAUGACAUUUGGAAUGAGAAUCCCUCCUUGUGGGAUAGCUUACAAAAACCAUUCUUAUCUGGGGCAGCUGGAAAUUCGAUUGGAGAUUUAAAAUGUUUGAAAUACCUUAAGUUGUCGAAAACUUUGAUUGAGAGCCUACCUGAAUCCGUAGGGUUCCUUCUUCAAUUACAGACAUUAUUGUUAUUCGACUGUGACAAGUUUUUGAAAUUUCCUUCAACAAUUGGGAACCUAAUUGAGCUCCAUCAUCUGAAUAUUAUGGGGACAAAUUCUUUAAAAGAGAUGCCAACAGGAAUAACCAAUCUUAAAAAUCUUUUGACACUGUCCAAAUUUGUGGUGGGAAAGGCAAAUGGAUUGAUGAGAUUAUCUGAUUUAAAGAACUUCCAGCAACUUCAAGGAAAAUUGUUUAUUCUAGAUUUACAGAAUGUUUUUGAUGUUCAAGAUGCUAGGGAAGCCAACCUAGGCAACAUACAUGGUCUUGAUGAAUUACUCUUGGAGUGGACUUAUGAUUUCAGCAAUUCAAGGGAGAGAAGCAAUGGUGAAAUGCAAGUUCUAGAUUGUUUAAAACCUCAUUCAAAAUUGAAAAGUCUCAAAAUUGUUUUCUAUGGUGGCCACAAAUUCCCAUCAUGGAUGGGUGAUCCACUAUUUUCCAAUUUAUCAUACUUGGAGCUCAAAAAUUGUGAGAGAUGCACUUUGUUGCCAUCACUUAGACUAUUACCUGUUCUCAAAAGCUUGAGUAUUGAAGGCAUGAAAGCAAUAGAAGCUGUGGGUCGUGGGUUUUAUGGGCAUGGCACUUUUCCAUCACUUGAGAGACUGGUGUUUCGUAAUAUGUUUAAUUGGAAAAAAUGGGCUUCUCCAAUGGGAAGUGGAGGUGAAUUCCCUUGUCUCCAUGACCUUGUGAUUCAACGAUGUCCUAAGUUGAUAGGACAAUUACCAAGCAACCUAGGUUCCCUCAUAAAUCUUGUGAUAGAAGCCUGCCCAGAGUUGAGAUGCUCUUCUAUGAGUCUUCCGUUGCUUCGAGAUUUGAAUCUUGAAUACUGUAAUGCUUCUCUUUUGAAGGGCAUGGUUGAUCUCACCUCUCUCACUAGCUUGAGAAUUUGGAGAAUUUCAGAGCUAAAUUGCAUGCCUAAGAGUUUUUUGGAGUCCCUAACAAUGAUUGAGUCUCCAAGUGUUGGUAGUUGUGAAGAAUUUACUUGUCUGUGGGAGGAAGGAACAGAAAUAGCAAACCAUGCUUGUCUUGAGAGAAUGGAAAUUUGUCAUUGUCCUCUACUUGUGUGUUUGGCAGGGAAAGAACAAGGCCUCUUGCCUCUCAACCUUAAAAAUCUUCACCUUCAAAACUGUGGGGAAUUGGAGUUAUUGCCCAAUGUGCUGAUGAUGAAAAUUAUAAGGGAUGGGCGUUUGUUGGUGGGAUUGGACCUCCGCAACCUUAGCUCUCUUGAAGAGUUGGCAAUUAGUCGGACGUGGCCUCCUGACAUUGUGUUGCCAUCUUCUUUAACUUCUCUUGAGAUCAUUGAUGUAGAAAAUCUGAAAUCCAUAUCCAAAGAGAUCCUUCAUAGCCUUAACUCUCUUCAAGAGUUGCAUAUAUCUAACUGUCCGAAGCUUCGAUCCUUGCCAAGGGAAGACUUGCCUCCCUUGCUUGGAAAACUCUACAUCAGAAACUGCCAGCAUCUAAAACAGCAGCACUUUGAGGCAAAAGGAGAUUAUUUGCAUCUCACCCGUAGCAUUCCCUGCAUUGAGAUAGAUGAGGAUCAGGACCUCACAUUUUCCAUUAUGAAGAAUUAGGAGAUUUUUAAACAAUGAGGUGCUAAUUGGGAAGGACAUACUCAAUUGUUCCUUCUUUCUUGCCUGGCAAGUGAGUUUUGAAACAAUGAGGAGUUGAUUGAAAGCAUAUAUGACCUUUGUUGAAUUCAAUGAUCUUGUAAUCUAUCCAUUUCAAGCUGCAUUUUUUAAGAUUUGCUAUCCAACUUUAUCUUGGCGUGAUGAUUGUGAUGUUGUGAUUUAUUAUUGUUAAGAACCUCUAGUCUUGUCUAGAAAGAGAAGAAACCUUAUAAUUUUACUAUUGUUACUAUUUCAAUAGUGGAAGUUUUUUGAGGUUUCGUGAUUUUUUCCUUAUGGGUUUUUCACCUUAAGAAAUUCAGUGUCUUGAU